UGCCGACCAAUAAAAGAAAGCAUAUGGGGAGUGGAUGAUGGUGAAGCUGAAGAACAAACAAUCCGAGGCAAAGAGGAUGAAUGGCAAGGAUCAACCACCCUCAAACUUGCAUGGGAAUAGUGGCAUGCAGAAUGCAGGUUCUAGGUUUACAUCCCUGAAAGUUGAAGACUCUUCACCAAUGGAGGAGGAGGAGGAGGAGGAAAUCGAUGGGGUACAUCCUCACGGCACUCCCCUUGCUCCGACUUCUACACCCGAGCAACAAUCCCAACCAGCUCACACCAUGUCAGCUUGCGCCCCACCAGGUCCUUCGAGUGGUCAAGCUGUUGUGGAUAGGGCUUCGUCCGAUAUACAGCCGGCUACCCGUGGGACCGAUGCUCAUCAGAAGCAAGGUGUCCCACUUAAAGACUUGGUGGAAGUCCCUGUUCGGCAAGGGGUACAUGUCGGAAGCAAAGGAGUGGAAUUCGAGCACACCAACUCAUUGACGGGGAAAGGACCAACGAAGAAAGGGGGAAACAAUAAAACCCCUAAUCAUCAUAAGGGUGCCACCAACGAACGAGGAAUUCCCUCCCUCCAGGGACGCAAUUCAGAGAGAAAACCCUGAAAGUACUACUACUAGUGCUUCUAAGAAGAUGAAGAUGGGAGGGAAGCCUCCUAUGAGUCUAAUGGCGCCAUAACCGGGCUUGGCCCGUCCCCAGGGGAGUCCCCUCCUCUUGUUCGUUGUGUAUCUUUCCUCUUAUUUGUGUUAUUAUGUUGAACAUUUUCUCUUGGAACUGGCAAGGGGCAGGAAAUGACCAGUUUCUUGUUUAUUUGCGUAAUUUCUGUGCCUCUACAAGGCCAGACUUGGUAAUAAUUUUAGAACCACGUA